UUUGCCUGUCCUAAAUUUGGCUUCUUCCCAAAGCUAAUGGUAGCACUGAUAUUUAUUUUGGGAUCCUUGAAUCCCUUAUAUGUGAAAAUUAAUUACAUCUACAGAGCCUUCUGGCAUACAUUGCUCUAUGAUGAGUCUUUUGAUUAUAGGUUACAUACUUAUUUAAACUUUCAUGAAUAGUCUUAUUUGCCCCUGGAAAAAAUGAACUGCUUUAAAUUUUCUAAGGACUUGGAACACUAAAAUGCACAUAAUAUUUAAAGAUUUGUUGAAUUACUGGGUGAAUUUUUUAAUAGAUUGACGUAAUAACAAUCAGGAAUAGGCAUUGCUAGAGUAGAAAGAUUUAUUGGCUUCAAAGAACACCCAAAGCCUCUUAACCUUUUUGGUUAAGAAUGUGGAGACUGGAGUGAAAACAUACCAGAUUGGAAUCCCUGCUAUAUCAUUUGCUGUGUGAUCUUGAGCAAUUUAAAAACAAACCCAAACCUCAGUUUUCUCAUCUGUAGUGUGGGAGUAAUAAUACUUACCUCACAGACAGGAAGAUUAAAUGAGAAUAUUAUUACUAAAGUGCCCAAUAUUACUGGACCAUUGGAAGCUCUAAAUGUAUUGUUUCCUCAAAUGUAAAAAGAAAGUUGUUAAUGAAAUAGAUAUGGAUGUAAAAACUCUUUGUAAACUAUUUAGGAUUGUUCAAAUGUUACAGUAAUAAGUACUGUUAUAGAGAGUGUUUAUAUCCUCAUCCAGCUCUGUCACCAGAGCCCCGUAGUGCAAGCAUAAGAGCCCAGUUCCAAGGAGGAGGACCUCAAGGAUACCUCCAGUCCCUCAAAGGAGCUGACAGGCUUCAGGAGCACCCAACAUUGGCUCUAGUUACCUUAGUUCAGCCUCAGCUUUCAUGUUAAUCCUUUUGUCUGCUUAGACCCAUGGGGACUGAGGUGCAGAUCCCCACAAAAAAAGUGAAAACUGGUUUUAUACCCCUCACAAAUGUGGACUUCAGGAUUCUCUGAAGUUAUUUGGGAAAUAUUUAAGUGAUAAAGAAUAACCCGUGACUUGCUUAUCUUCCUGGGGAUGGCAAACAAUGGAAAGAGAGCUGAAUAAAUGCAAUGUGGUAUCCUAGAUUGGAUUCUGGGACAGAAAAAGGACAUUAUUGGGAAAACUAGUGAAAUCCAAAUAAGGUUGAGUGUUUAAUAGUAAUGUGCCAACAUUGGUUCCUUAGAUUUUGACAAUGUAUCAUGGUUAUGUGAUAUGUUAGCAUUAGGGGAAACUGGAUGAGGGGUAGGUAUAUGAAAACUCUAUUAUUUUUGCCAAUUUUGUGUACAUCUAAAGUUAUUCCAAAAUUUAAAGUUUAUUUUUUAAUAGAAAGGGAACUGAUGGGAUACCCAUUAGAGUAUUUAUAAUGUCUACUUAAUGCUCUUUGACAUUAAGGGUGCCUGCCCCAACACAAGAUAGAUUACAGGCCAAGGUCCCUUGGCUUGUCUCUAUGGAAGAUAUUUUAUGUCUUAAUUCUUCUUAAAUUGCCUCAUAAGAAGGUUAAGACAGGAAUCUAUUCAAUAAGUUUCAGAAAGACUUCCAAGAAAGAGAACUACCUUUAAUGCAAUUAAUUCAUCAUAGGCAGAUAAAUAGAAUAAAAGUCACAUAUGUGUGGAAAGGUGAGCAGCUGCAAGUGUGUCUAAGAUUAAAUACAUUUAAAGUAUUUGAGAAUAACAGUAGAUUCUAAUAUAGGAUACUUAGUGUAAGAUACUUAGAAUAUCUUUAACUGUGGGUAAGAAAAAAAUUCCACUGUUCUAAAGUGAUUUAAAUUAGUGUAAGAUGAGAGACCCUGUUCUGUUUCACUUCAAAAGUAGUAACACUUCUUUGGGAUUUAAUUACUUAGAGGUUUCUUCUGACUCACUUAGAAGAAACCAAAUGUUCAUUAAAACUGGGGAAACGGUUUAAAAAUAUACAGCAUAUCUCAUUUAAGGAGCAAACUUGAUAAUCUUACUUUAUAAGCUAGUUCUUUUUCUAAAAACUUGUAAUGAUCAUUUGGUGGCUUUAUUAUCAGUCUUAUGUUAUCAGUUAGAAUUUACUGGUCAUCAAGUGAAAAGGGGCAAUAAAUUAAUACGUGUAACAGACUUCAGCUUGGGAUUUCACUAUCGUUUAAAGAAGUAUUGUUUUGGAUAGAAGCUACGCUUUGAAUAUUUUGAUUUUAAGAUUUAAUAUUUUGUUAUAAAAGUAAUACAUUCCAUAUUACUAAAAAUUGUUAACAUUUGAUAUUUAUUCUUCCAGAUAUAACAAACAGUAUAUAUAAUUUCAGUUAAGGAAUAUAAUAAUGCUAUAUGAAGUUGGAAAUAUGAAAAUGCAGAAAUGCUCAUAAUCCUACCACCUUAAUACCACCACUUUUUCUCCUUUUGAAAGCCUCUCUACUAGUUAUUUUCAUCAACCAGUUUGGGGGCUUAUUUUUAUUACUUUAAUAUUCAUUGAAUGCCUAAAUUAUACAGGCUAAGAAUUGUGCUCUUGAGAAAUGAUUUAUUUAAAUCAUUUAUUAGAAAUUUACCAGAAAAACAAUCAAGUCAAAUUUUGGUACCCUUUUUCUCAAAAUGGUAUUUACUCACCACAUUACUCAAAGGUUAAAUAUUAAUUGGCUUCAGCACUAAGUCAUCAGGCACUCAAUUUUUAACACAUAUUUGAGUACCUGUAUACACAGCACUGUUUCACAUGUUUUGAAGCAUUCCCUAUCCAUAACGAGAUUAAAUCUCGAAAAUAUAAAAACUUACCUAGGCAAGUGCCAAGUAAAUGGUACCAAUAUUAAGUCCUACAGGAGUUCAAAAAAGAAAAAUCUAUGGAUUUGACUAGUUAGGAAGUGAGACAGAGGUCAGUGUUGAGGGAUAAAGGGUAGUAUUUGCAUUUACAAAGAUGAAGAAAGAAGGUAUUUCAGUCAGAAAGAACCUGUGUGAGAGCUAAUAGGCAAAGACAGGAGUGAGCUGUUUUCUGUGUUCAACAAAAAACAAAAAAGCAGAGAGAUCCUGUUGGAGAAAGUCUUGGGAGUAAGGUAAAUUUUAUCCUUAUACUGGAAAGCUAAAGCAUUCAUAUUUUAUAUACAAUUAAUAGGAACUUAUUGUAGGUGUUUAAAAAAUUAUAUAUUAAUAAUAAUAUGCCUAAGAGGUAAGAAAAGAAGUUGAAAACUAGGAUGUAAGAAAGUCUGUUUAUUUGGAUAUUAGACUUGUUAAUCCAUAAUUACAACCGUAGAAGAAAAAUGCAGACGUAAAAUGUAGUAACUUGUUCUUUUUCUUCUUGGUAGAUUGAUGGAGAAACUAGAGGUUAUUUUGUAUUGUGACCUUCAUGGCCAUAGUAAGAAACAGAACAUCUUCAUGUAUGGCUGUGAUGGUAGUGACAGAUGUAAAGCAGUAUACUUAGAGCAACAAAUCUUCCCCCUUAUGCUGAGCAAAAAUUGUCCAGAUAAAUUUUCAUUCUCAGCUUGCAAGUUUAAUAUUCAGAAGAGCAAAGAGGGAACAGGAAGGGUGGUGAUGUGGAAAAUGGGAAUCAGGAACAGCUUCACCAUGGAGACAAGUUUUUGUGGAUCUACUCUGGGUAGUAAAAGAGGCACUCAUUUCAACAUAAAAGACUUGGAGUUGAUGGGAUAUCAUUUUUGUGACUCUCUCUUGGACUACUGUGAUCCAGACCGAACCAAGUAUUAUCAGUGCCUGAAAGAAUUAGAAGAAAUGGAGAAACAUAUAAACUUGGAAAAAGUCCUUGAUGAUUCAGAUAGUUCUCUGAAAGGAAUUACAUUGGAUCUUCUAGAGUCUAGUAGCCACGGCUCUGACAGUUCAGAAUCCAAUGACUCUCAGACUGAUCUUCUCAAGCUGAGUUCUCAGAUAAAAAACAAGAAAAAACAUCUGAAAACAAAAAAGGAAAGAAACUCUACCAUAGCAAGCCAUCAAAACACCAGAGAAGAGAGAGAGGUUUGUGAUAAAGGACAUUUAGUUCAAAGACACGAAGAAUCAAAUUCUGAUGUGACAGAUCUGCAUCACAACUUAAAAAGCAACAUGAAAGAAUGUCCAUCUUUCCAAAGCAAGAAGGCUGGAGUAAACUGGACAGAUGAUGAAAAAAGAAUCUACAAGGAUAAAAAAAUAGCUGAAACUCAAGAAAUAUUACAGUAUUUGCACCCCAUCGUAAGCACUAAAAAUGUGCAAACUACUCAGAUAAUCAAUCCAAGAACCAACUUUCAAAUCCAAUAUCAACUAAACCCAUCUGCUUAUAUAAAUAUAAAGAAACACAGCACAUCUUGGACACCACCCAGAAAUCCCCCUUUGAUAAGCCAAAGGACUCUUAUGGUAAGCUCCUCAGAACGGCUCCAGUCUGUGGCCCAGAAGUCAUUUAAAAGUUUGUCACCUCUCAAAGGACCCAAGAAGAGGAAAAAACAUUCUCGAGUCAAGGCCACAAAGACUAAAGACAUGAAACCUGUCAGCAGCAAAUGGGAGGCUACUCCCUCAAGUUCUCAGAAGGAUGCAGACAAGAAUCUGCAAGUUGAAGAGUCCAACCAGAAAGACUCUAUGCAAACAGCCCCCCAUCCAACGAAAAAUAACAGAAAGCAACCAAAGAAGAAGGAUGGACAACCCACCUUUCGUUUGAAGUUGCAAAGGGACAAAUAAUUUAGCUUUCUGCUGCUCUGAAAACUGUGGAUGAAAGAUUACAUAUGCUUACAUAGUAAAACGAAAAAGAAAAGCCCUCCCGGUCCCUCUGUCCCUAUACCACCCCCUACAUGUUCCUGUGCAUGUACUAAACUACAAGUUUUAGAUAUCCCAUCUUCUUUAGUGGGAACAUCUUUCAGAGAGCUAAAAAGAAAUCCAGAGAAAAUAUAGAAAAUUAAAAAUCACUUAGAUAUUUAUAUUUAAUUUUUGUCAAGAUGAAAAAAAAAUCUCUGAACUUUUUAUUUCUUUUGAAACGACUUAUGCAUACAACACCAAAAGACUAAGACCUCAAGAAAGGAAAGACAUGUACUAUAACUGGCACGAAUGUCCCUACUAGACACUUUAAUGAAUCAGUCAACAAACAUCAUUUCCUCAAUUUCUGUCUGCAGUGUGCUAGAAACCAUUAGUGAUAUAAAAGACAUUCCUAUAU